UGUUGAAGGGAGACCGGAGGAAAAUAGAAAAACACACGACACCGGUCCCUGUAUAAGGGAGCAGUUUCGACUUAACCGAAUAUUUCAUUUCAAAUAUACAUUAUUUUAGGGAAUUUUAGUGGUAUUUUAUUUUAAAAAAUACUGGUGGAGGAAAUAUUAUAACAAAAAGCAGGACGUAAGCGCAAGGAGGGGGUGAGAGGAAAAUGGAGUUGGAGGAUGGAGUUGUGUACCAGGACGACCCGGGGACGUCGGCUAUGAUGUCGGAGCGGGUAUCCGGCCUGGCCGGCUCCAUCUACCGCGAGUUCGAGAGGCUUAUCUGCAAGUACGACGAGGACGUGGUGAAGGAACUGAUGCCACUGGUCGUGGCGGUGUUGGAGAAUUUAGACUCCGUUUUCGCGGAGAACCAGGAGCACGAAGUGGAGCUGGAGUUGCUCAAGGAAGACAACGAACAGCUCAUAACCCAGUAUGAGCGGGAGAAAGCGCUGAGGAAACAUGCAGAGGAGAAGUUCAUCGAGUUUGAGGAUUCCCAGGAACAGGAGAAGAAAGAACUGCAGGGCCGAUUUGAGUCGCUGCAGUCACAUGCCCGACAACUUGAGCUUAGGACCAAGAACUACGCUGACCAGAUCAGCAGGUUGGAGGAGCGUGAGGCGGAGCUGAAGAAAGAGUUUAACUCCCUCCAUCAGAGACACACUGAGAUGAUCCACACCUACAUGGAGCUCCUGGAGCGCAGCAAACUCCAGCAGCUUGGAGAAGGAGCUGAGACCGGAACACUCGGGAGAAUCCGCUGUGUAUAUUCCCAGACCUGCUGGCUGAGACCGGGGCUGGGUAGCGGUGGUGUGUGUGUGUGUACGCGGCGGUGUGUGUGUGUACGCGGCGGUGCGCGGCGGUGUGUGUACGCGGAGAUGAGUCCGCGCUGCAUGCUGCUGUUUGUGUUCGGCUGCGUGGGGGGCGCGGUGGUUAACGCGGCCGUGGUGGUGUCGCUGUCCGUGCUGCUGCUGGUGCAUUACUCCGUCUCCACCGGCAUCCCUGCCAUCACUCAGUCUCUGCCCCGGAUCCGCAGGAAGGAGAGGCCACUGUCCCUGGGAAUAUUCCCGCUGACCACAGGGGGCGCUGUUCUCACCCCUGAACCUCAGAGGAAGGCGGAUACUCCUGUCGCAGAGGCAUGGAAGUGCAACAACCUCAACCAAUCACGCGGCGGCACCAGCCUCAAGCAGCCGGAGUCUGAGGGUCUAAAGGGAAAGAGCUCGCAGGAUGCCUGGGCCAACUCGUUGGCUGAGGAGAGCAAGGAUGAGCUGUCUAAUGUCAGCUACGGGACCACGCCCAUGUCCGGCACGGACACACCUCAGAAAGAGAAGGGGUCUAAGGGGAUGAACAUCACCUGUAAGAACAUUGAGGUCCAAGCAACACCAGGCACCAGGUCUGUGUCUGCAGGUGCUGCAGAAAAUGAGACUUCAGAUGUGCAGGCCAUCAUAGAGUCCACACCUGAGCUGGAUAUGGACCUGGGAGGCAGAGGACCCAGCUCUCCGUCCAAAGGCUUUGAGAACCUGGCCUUCGACCGGAACACGGACUCCCUGUUUGAGGAGCUCUCCUCAGCUGGGACCGACCUCAUCGGGGAUGUGGACGAGGGGGCGGACCUGCUGGGAAUGGGCCGUGAAGUGGAAAAUCUCAUCCUGGAAAACACACAGCUGCUGGAGACCAAAAACGCGCUGAACGUGGUGAAGAAUGACCUGAUGGCGCGCGUGGACGAGCUCGGGUGCGAGAGAGAGGUUCUGCAGGGCGAGCUGGAUGUGCUCAAACAGGCCAAGGGUCGUCUCGAGGACAAGAACCGCGACCUGGAGGAGGAGCUAAAGAAGGUUCGGGCUGAAAUGGAGGAGGUCAAACAGAAGUCUAAAGAGGAGGAAGAUGGAGACCUGCCCACGGCGCAGAGGAAGCGCUUCACGCGUGUGGAGAUGGCGCGCGUGCUGAUGGAGAGGAACCAGUACAAGGAGAGGCUGAUGGAGCUGCAGGAGGCUGUGCGCUGGACCGAGAUGAUCCGAGCCUCCAGGGAGAACCCAGCACUGGCAGAGAAGAAGAAGUCCAGCAUCUGGCAGUUCUUCAGCCGGCUCUUCAGCUCUUCCUCCAGUAAUGUGGUUAAGAAACCCGAGCCGUCCUUUAACGUGAAGUUCGGCGCUCCGGGCUCCCAUUCCGGAUCCACGGGGAUGAAGAGGAGCAAAACUCUGUCCGAGCUCCCCGGCGAUAAAUCCAAAGUGUUCGACUUCCUCCACGAGGAAGGCGCGGGCAGCCCGGGGUCGCGCCGGGAGCACAGGAGAGCGGCGCACAGGCAGGUGAAGCCGCAGGUGCAGAAACAGGACGGCCGCGUGCAGGCCCACGGCUGGAGCGUCCCGCACAAAAACAAGGCCACCAAUGGCGGCCAGGCGGAGAGCAGGAUGAAGAACCUACCUGUACCCGUGUACCUGAGGCCCCUGGAGGACAGAGGCACGUCGAUGAAGGUGUGCUGCGCCGCGGGCGUCGACCUGUCAGGGGGGAGGGCCCUUGACAAGGACUCCGUUGCUGGGGACGUUGCCGGAGAAGACACAAAAAGCCAGAAGCAGAGGAAGGGUUCACAAGGCAGUUUGGAGCAGCCGGAGCAGGACCCCCAGGAGCGGGACACAGAGCUGUCCGAGGAGCCGUCGAGCCUGGUGUGGAUCUGCUCCAGCUCCCAAAAUGAGGCCAAGAUCACCGUCCUAAACGCCAAGCACCCAGGACACCCCCUGCAGUCCUUCCCUGCCCACAGCAAGCACAUACUCUGCAUCUGCAGCGUUCCAGGUGUUCAGGACACAGACUACCCUGUAGGAGAGGAGAUCCCUCUGCAGUCGCAAGAUGACGUCUCCAUGUCAAGCAAUGAAGGCAUGCUGGGUAACAUCACAGCGGUGGGCUGUACAGCGGAGGGAGGGGAGGGGGAGACGGCCAUCGCCAUGGCAUCCAGCACCCCGCAACCAGAGCCCAGGACAGAGCCCUGCCCCUCAGAGGAUGAUGUCACUGCUGCAGAGGAGGCCACUGAGGCCACAGAAGCCAGUGAAGGGGGUGGAGAGGGAGAGGCGGGAGAGGGGGAGGGGCUUGACAUCAACCGGCCAAUCGUCUUCACAGAACAUGUGUUCACCGACCCACUGGGGGCUCAGAGCACAAAAGAUGCCCCACCUCACCCCUACGUGCAGAGGGAGGGGGAGGGCGGCGGGGGGGCUGAGCAGGUGGGGAGUGAGGAAGCAGAGCCUCUCGUCAGCAGCGCCCUGCCUACCGUGUGGCUGGGGACCCAGAGUGGAGGCCUCUUUGUGCACUCCUCCGUCUCGCAGUGGAAGAGGUGUCUCCAUUCCAUUAAGCUGAAGGACUCUGUGCUCUGCAUUGUCCAUGUGAAGGGUCGUGUGCUGGUGGCUCUGGCUGAUGGAACAUUGGCCAUAUUUCACAGAGGCUCUGACGGCCAGUGGGAUCUGACCAACUACCACCUGCUGGACCUGGGCCGGCCUCACCACUCCAUCCGCUGCAUGGCUGUGGUCCAUGACCGCGUGUGGUGUGGGUACAGGAACAAGAUAUACGUGGUCCAUCCCAAAACCAUGAGGAUAGAGAAGUGCCUGGAUGCGCACCCUCGGAGGGAGAGCCAGGUGAGGCUGCUGGCCGGGGCGGGGGACGGGAUCUGGGUGUCCAUCCGGCUGGACUCCACGCUCCGCCUCUUCCACGCACGCACCUACCAGCACCUGCAGGACGUGGAUAUCGAGCCCUACGUCAGCAAGAUGCUGGGCACAGGGAAGCUGGGAUUCUCCUUUGUUCGGAUCACCGCUCUGAUGGUGUCCAGCAGCCGCCUCUGGAUUGGAACUGGGAAUGGCGUGAUCAUCUCCAUCCCGCUCACAGACACAGACAGAGCCACGCCGGGGGCGGGGAAUCGGCCGGGCGGCGCCGUGCGUAUCUAUAGCGACGAGCACGGCGAGACCGAGGCUGCGGGCGAAUCGGUGCCCUUCUGCUCCAUGGCCCACGCCCAGCUUUGUUUCCAUGGACACAAGGAUGCCGUCAAGUUCUUCGCUGCCGUUCCAGGUCAGGUGAUUCCCCCAGCGGGGCCUGAAGGGGAUCCUGGCGCUGAGGGGCCAGGCUCCAUGGCUUCUGAGUCCCUGACUGACGAGCUGGUGAGGCCCAUGCUGGUCAUAAGUGGAGGAGAGGGAUACGUGGACUUCAGAGCCGGGGAUGACGGGGGUGAGACGGAGGAGCAGGACGAGUCUAAACCGCCGGCCCAGCCCGCCACCGAACGCAGUCACCUGAUCGUCUGGCAGGUCAUGUGACCACAGCAGGCCAUGUGACCCCCAGCUCCGUCCGUCCUGAGGAAGAGGAAGGCCUGUGCGCCCUGCCGAGGAGGCUCAAAGGCUCUGCACGUUUCUUUUUGAUAUUCAAAUUAUAAUUGUUAAACAUUUUUAUUCCUGUUGGUGAAAAUGAUUUCAUCUUUUUUUAAAUUUUUUUUAUCUCUUUUAUCUCUCUGAUGUGUACUUUUAUUUGACCAUUUAAAUCCUUUACGGAGUGAAAGGGAUUCAGUGAUUGGACACAGUUACUUGCGGCUCCUCCCACUCUUUUCUUUUUUUUUGGGGAACGAGCUAACAAGUGCAUGCACCUGUCCUGCCUGUACUACCCACUCAUACCAAUAUACGUUCAGACUAACAACAUUUUUUUUGUACUUUUUAGACUUUUUCUGUGUGUAAAUACACCAUAAAUAGCAGCAGAUUAACAAGUUUUAAGUAACACAAAAAAAUUACGGUCUUCUUUAAUGCCUUUUCUGUCCACGUUUUCUACUUUUCAUCUUUAAAGGGAAACUUGUAUUUGUUUCACAGGGAAACUAAAAUGUAACUCGCCAUGUUACAGAUAUUUAACCACACACCACUAGCUAUCGUUUUCUCGACUUUCUCAAUCUUGACUUAUUGAUUUUAUGUUUUGUCAAAAAUGCAAUCUGAAACUUUUAAAAUGUAUUUUUUGUACUUUUGUCUGUAAGACGAUUGAAUAUGUUUGUUCUCUGUAAUAUGAUGGAAGUUACAUGUAUUGUCUGUAAGCGGGGGUUGGGGAUAAGAACAGAACAUAUCACAGUGUCAUUCCAGUAUUUAUUUUUUAUGAAUGAACCUUUGUGGAUCAAGGAUUUAAAUUUGUACAUGAAUUGUAUAUUAGACAUAUAUUGUUUAAAAAAAGGAUCUCUUGUACGGUAUGGUUUGUGGGUGCAAAUUGUGAUCAUGGAGAUGGAUAAAAGUUCUAGAGGCAAAGUGACUACUAUGCUGAGACAAGUUACCAGACUGCACAUUUGUUGUACUGAGCUAUGCAUGUUUCAUAAACACAAACACCGCAGUUUAUGUCUUGUGGCCAGAUUUGUUAUGGCCACCGGUUUUUAUUUUUUGGGGGGGAAGUCUGCUAGCUAACAUUAGCCUUUCGCUAAUACAGACAUGGAAUUGAGCUUAAAGGAAAUUACAUUCCCAGGAAUAGCCAAUGGUAAUGACUGUUAAUAUCAUUCAUAUAAUUCAUUGAAUUACCCAGCAAGUUUAUAGCCGUGUGAACUGUAACAGAAAGUAUACCUAAUCCUCCAUGAACUACCUUUCCCAGUGUUUUGUGUUAGGCACAAUCCUUUAAUAUUAACUGAGUCAGACUGGUAUGCCUGGCAUGUGUGGGUGAACCUCUGAAGGCAAUCUGUUACGAAAGUUUCAAUAUUUUUAAUAUGGUCCUUUUCCAGUCUGCUUUGCGAUGGGUAGGCUAAGGUUGGCUAAUGGACUAGUGUUUGGCACAUAUCCUGUUCCGUAAAGCUCCAUAUUUGGUUAGCAGGUGUGCCUAAAGCCCCCAGUGGCUUGUUGCCGUGGCAGCAGUGUCUGCUGUUAGGUUUGUAGCUGAAAGGCGUCAUGGCCUUAAUUUUCAUAGCAUAUUAAACAUGGGGAAUUUA